AUGGCAAUGAAGAAAGAUUCCUCGGCCUGCUGCUCAUGUCUGAUCCCCAGUAAGGAAACGGUUCGCUUCUAUCUCCUCGGAGUGCUCAUUGCUUUUUACAUGCUAGCUGGUGCUGCUGUAUUUUCUAUUUUGGAGAGACCAGCAGAGCUAAAGGCCCACCAGCACUGGGAAAGGAGGCUAAGGAGCUUUUGUCAAGAGCACAACAUGAGUUGUGAGGACCUAAAAUCUCUGUUGCAUCAUUUUGAGGAGGCCAGAACCGCAGGUAUCCAGACAGAAAAAGGCAGAGCCCAAUGGGAUCUUCCAGGUGCUUUCUACUUUGUGGGAACUGUAGUCUCUACCAUUGGAUUUGGAGUGACCGCACCAUCCACCGCAACAGGAAAAGUGCUGCUUGUUUUCUAUGCGUUGCUGGGCUGCUCAGCUACAAUCCUCUUCUUCAAUCUCUUCCUGGAGAGAGUCACAACGUUACUGAACUUCCUGAUGUUCUGGUGCCACACAAGGACAAGCAAACCAAGUGGACUGGAGAACAAAACCAGCGAAGGUAACAAAAAUGAAGAAUGGAAACCAUCCGUUUAUCAAGUCACAUUCAUCCUUUUUCUCGCUGUUCUGCUCGUUGCAUGUGGCGCUGCUUCUCUGUAUUCAGCCAUAGAGGGGUGGACUUACUUGGAGUCCCUCUAUUUCUGCUUUGUAGCAUUCAGUACAGUGGGCUUUGGGGACUUUGUCAGUGGUCAGAGAGAGCACCACGAGGACACCCGGGGGUACCAGGUUGCCAACUGUCUUCUGAUGUUAUUAGGAGUGUGCUGCACAUACUCCCUAUUUAACGCCAUCUCUGUGAUCAUCAAACAGGGAUUGAACUGGAUCUUGAGGACACUGGACUGGAUGUAUGAUGGCAUCCGACACAAUAGGCUGCAAUUCAGACCAUUGUUCCAGCUAUGUUUCUCUGAUUCUGAGUCACCUGUAAAUUAUGGUAAAGAUGACACUGUGCAUGGGCCACAAAUGCAAACAGUUUCCAUAAGUUAA